ACUGAUCUGAUGCGGCUACUGCAGCAGUCGGUGUGGCAGGACGCGGAAAUGGACUCGCUGAAGAUGGAGAUCGAGCGUGGAGCCGAGGGAUACGGCUUCACCAUCUGCUGCGACUCCCCCGUGCGGGUGCAGUCUGUGGAUGCGGGGGGCCCUGCGGACAAGGUUGGCCUGCAGCCCCUGGACACCAUCCUGCUACUCAACGACAUGGACGUCAGGCCCUGCAAGUGCGUGGAGCUUGCCAAUGCCAUCAGGAACUGCCCCGCGACGAUCACGCUCACGGUGCAGCGUCUCACGCCGGGGACGUCCUCCGACGGCUCUCCUCCUCCUCCUCCUCCGUCCGCUGAGAAAGCCCGCGACGCGCGGCCACCGCCGCGCCUCUCCGCCGGCGGGCCGGGCUCCGUCGUCGCUCCCUGCCGCUCGCUCUCCUUCUCGGCCACCGUCCCCGGCAGCCACUGCGCCCGACGAUUUAGCAGCCCCACGUCGGUGGGGCGAGCCUCCAGUGUCCGGCCAGAGGCGCGGCUUCGUUGCGCCGCCACCGCCGCCAGCGCUGCCAGCGUUGUCGCCACCACCACCGACGCCAUGUUGCCCAGAACAGCAGCAGCAGCAGCAGCCGGAGGAGGGGAGGGCUGUGCGGUGCUGCCGACACAUCGACGGAGGACAUCCCAUCCUCACCGACCUCAACCGCAAUCAGAUCAUAGGCCCCGUGCAUGUGGCUGAGCACGAACAGCUGCUCCGAUGCACGGGCAGAGCAAGCGGCAGUGCACGCGGCAUCGCACCUCAAAGUUUGGGGAAUGACCUGCAGAAGCCCAUCGUCUUCCCACUCUCUGUACAGCCGAUAGCCCUGCACGAGCAAGCGCGGACGCUCUGCUUCUCGGAUGACGUGCUUUGGAGACAGUCGUCAAAGGAUGUACAAAAGGUGCGUCUGUUCGUCUACAACGACCUGCUGCUGCUGGCUCAGAGAAACGAUAGAGAUGAGUUCCUGGUUUUGAGAAACCCCGUGUUCCUGAGCUCCGCUUGGCUGCCCGACCCCGGACAUGAAACAUUGGAUGACUGCACUAUUCCCAUCAGUUACAAAUCUGAGGGAGAAGAAUCUGAAUUGGUCCUGGAGGCGAUGAAUGUGGAAAGCAAAGCGAAGCUGUGUCACCUCCUGCGUGGGAUUUCUGAACGAACGCGGAAGCAGCAGCAGCAGCAUCAGCACAUUCUCCACCUGCAGAGCAGUCCAGCGACUCCGCUGUCCUCACAGCAGUGGCAUCGGAGUACGAGGAAGGGGGCAGUUAUUCUCCACGAUUCGUCGACAAUGGAGCUCGGAACGCGGCCAUCCGACGACCACCAGCACCACCACCACCACCACCACCACCACGGCCGGCAUGUCGAUGGUGAAACGGGCGGUGGUAGCCACGGCUCCGUCUUGCCCGGGGUGUUCCUGGAGAUCCCGCCGGUGUCGAUGCGCGGCGGCGGGGUGGGCCGUCGAUCGCGCUCCGUCGAGGAGCUUGCGCGCUCCGCGCACGAGUCCGAGAGCGACCCGGAGAGUCGAGGGCGCAGCCGGAGCGGCGGCGGCGGUGGCAGCAGCAGGAGCAGGAGCAGCAGGAGCAGCAGCGGCGGAAGCAGCAGAAGCAGCAGGAGCAACAGCAGCAGCACCAGCAGCUGCGACCACGACGAGGUGGACACGCCGGACCGGCGCAGGACGAGCGCGAGCGUGGAGGGUCUCUCGAGCGUGACGGUGGAGGUGACGGUGACGCCCUGCGCCGACUUCCCGGCACGCUACGGCGUGAUCGACGUGGACAGCCCGAGAGCGCUGGGCGGAGGUUUCCUGUCCCCGCGUGACGAGGGCUCCCUGCGGCGCCGCACGUACAGCGAGAACAACCUGCUGAGGGACACACGGACUCCCCCGUCGCCGACGGACGUCUCGGGGAGGCUGGGCUCCUCCGCCCAGCGGGACGACAGCACCACCCGCAGCGACUGGAGCCUCCUCGGCCCGCCCUGGGUGGCCACCGGCGCUUCCAUCGACAAGAAGAAGACGGCCUCAAACCCCACGCUCUACGCGCCCUUUCUCAAGUUCAAGAAGGUGUCCCCGCCCGACAUGGGCAUCGGCGAGACGGACGGCGGCACAAAGAACAAACAGAAGUCCACCAACCUGGCCAAGGGCAUGAAGAGUCGACUUGGGUUUCUGCGACGAAAACCCGACCCUUCGGACUUCCCCGCGGCCAGCGGUCCAGCGCUGGGAAAGCACUCUCGGCCAAGCUGUGAAGAUGCCAUGAAAUGGUCUGAAUCAUUCGAAAAACUUCUGGCUCAUAAAUACGGCCUCGCAGCUUUCCGUGCCUUCCUCAAGACGGAGUUCAGCGAGGAGAACAUCGACUUCUGGCUCGCGUGCGAAGACUUCAAGCGGAGCGCGCGCUCAACCUCGAAGCUCGUCUCCAAGUCGAAAAAGAUCUCGGAAGAGUUCAUCGCGAUCCAGUCCCCCAAAGAGGUGAACCUCGACUCAAGCACACGGGAAGUGACGAUGGCCAACCUUCAGAAGCCGACCGUGACAUCAUUAGACUUGGCUCAGAAGCGAAUCUAUGGGCUGAUGGAGCGAGACUCAUACCCACGGUUCCUGCGCUCCGACCUCUACCAUGACCUUACAAAUAUCAAAAAGCCCAUGGGAGCAAUUGCGGACUGAACAGUUUUGGGCAAAUCGAUUUUUUUUUCUUCUGAAUUUUGCUGCUGCACUGCACUGGACUUGUAAAAACUCUUUGUAACCGAAUUUUUUUUAGAUCAAAAAAAAAGAUGAUCUCUCCCAUUCAGUCGCCCAGUUGAUGUAGAAUGAGAGAACGAGCCCUGGAUGGCGAACGUCGAUUAUACGGCUCGAAUGUGACGGCUACAAGGAUCAUUCUGUGAAUGUGAACAUUAUUUAAGCCAACGAGAAGAGGACGAAGAAGAUGACAGACGAAGCUAAAUCACCGCGGAGUCGUGGGCCCAAUAAUCUGCAAGGCCACGCCACUCGCCGUCUACCAAAGGAGGGACACGGUCGGAAGAAGCAUCGGAGCGCAGAUCGGGGCCGCUUUCUCUUGGGGCAACAUAAUCAUGCCUUUCUUUGGAGGAUUGCUUGAUUUCAAGGAGAGGAGAGGAUGCCAAAAAUAACCACUAUGCGAGUCGCGAGUUCGGCUGGGCUCAAGCGUCUGAAUCAACACGUAGACGCAACAGUGCCGUGGACGGGGACGGCGCUUGUGUAUCUGAUGUUGACACAAUGGGGCACUUUAUUGGUUGGAAAGGGUGCGUGGGCUUUUUGGGCGUUUUUAUUUUAGUUGUUGGGGUUUUUUUUUUUUGCCAAUAAUUCGCACAUCAGGGUCUUUGGGGCUAAGAUGCUUGAUUGGGACAGGCCGAGUUUGUGAACUAUCAGGAAUUUCAAUCGUUUCACGAACCGCCCAGAUGUAAUCACCCGAUCUUCAUUGUCGCGUGUACAAGGCCCAUUCACGUCAUACUGCGUUAACUGCAACCCACACAGCUAGAUGUGUGCAUGUAUAUUUACAGUCUGUAACUGCUUUCCGCGUAUGAUAUAGCGCAACAUACUCAUGUUCGAACGAGUGUUGGGUGGUACUUUCCUUUUCCUCAAGCAGCUCUGCAAAUUCCAUAUCCCUAUGGCAGGAAGCAGCCUUUCCAUAGUGCAAACAAUGUUGACUUCCCUCCAAUUGGUACUCGUUUUAUUCACCCUGAAAGAAUGAUGAGCAUCGUUGACCCUGGAUAGGCUUUGAACUCAGGUUCUCGUAAUUGAGAGCCCUGCUGCUCUUAUCUGUGCUAUGUCCUGGAUGUGUAUAUGUAUCUGACUGGAGGUGCGUGUCUAUAUAUGCAUUAUUCAUCCCGUCUAUUCACCUUGAUCGUCGAAACAUAAUUACAGUGACAUAAAAUGUGCUGUGAUUCAGAAACUUCACAAACAUAGGAAUGCAAAAGCAAACCUGGACAGUCCAAUGGGGAAUCCUGUAUGUGCAUAUAUACGGUAUAUAUAUAAAACGCAGAAGCCAGCAUCACUUGUAAAUAAACCUUUCACAUCCGAUGUGCAAUAUGUGUAAUGAUGCACUAUAACCUGCUGAUGAGUGAACACUUGCUCACACUCUGGCUUAAUUGUACAACAAUUAGCGCAUGUGUACGGACACUCCUAUGGUUUCUGAGUUGUUGUUUUUUUUAUCAUUUUAUAUUAAACUGCCCUGGUUGGCUCUACGUCGUCGCAGACUCAUGAUUGUACAUAUCGUUCUCUUGUACUAGCCUGGAAAACUGUGGAUGUACAUUUUCUGAAGAUGUAUAUAUUUAUGUGUUGCCUUUCCUUGACUUUUCUUUUGUUGUACACACACUUGUCCUGCUGCGUUUGUCCUCCGUGUUUUUGUGACACUCGAACCCCCUUCCCCCCCCUCCCCUCUUUUUUAAAAAUAUGAAUAAAAGUAAUCAAAACACGUA